ACAGCCAGAAGACUCUGAUGAUGAAUUUUGACCAGAAGGCUGUGAAAUUCCUGGCAAAUUUUUACAUCAAUGGAGGCAAACACUGGACCCAUGGGCCCCUGAGGCCGAUGCUGCCAGAGCCCAUCCAGCCCAAGGCAUCCGUGCUAUUGCUGGGCCUGGAGCCAGGGCUGGCCUGGGAUGAGACAUGGCCCCCAAGGAUGAAGUGCCCAGCUGGCCUCGGGUUUCAGAUGGGCGCCCCCAAGAAGUCCCUGCCCAUCUGCACCCAGACCCUGAGGGAGCUUCUGCUGGAGCAACGCCCCCCGAUCACGACUGACCUGGACGUCCCCAGCCCUGCCAGGUACCAGCUGCCAAGCCCGUCGUUGCGAGAGUCCUCCCCACACCCCCACUACAGCAUUGGCUGCAAACACCAGGGCCGAGAGGGCGGUGGGCGCAGGGCAUGGCAGACGGUGUGGUUUCAGAGUGAAAGCCCCUUCACACAGAAGGCCGACUUCAACCGAGAGCAAAAGUGGCCCUCGCCAGCCGACCACCAUCCGCUCAGCCGGCCUGCCUUCCCCGCCUUCAGCUUGAGGGGCCACCACGCUGCCACCAAGACACCUGAAGGCCACACCCGCCCCUGGCUGCCUCGGGCCGGGGGGUUUGGUCUCCGGACGCAGCCCCAGUGCCUGCUCCAGGCCUCUUUGCAGGCACCUGGCAAGAGGCACCCUGGCCCCAACACCUACAACAUUCUUCCUGGGAGCCGCCUGCGGAGCCCACGCCCACCAGCCUUCUCCAUGAGCCGCUCCCCAGCGUUCCCCACCUGGCUCAUUCGCUCCCAAACCCCUGGCCCGGCUGCCUACCACGUGGAGGACUGCUACAACUCUCGCUUCCCCUCGGCACCCGGCGUGGUCAUCCAGGGCGUGCGCAGACCCAAGCGACACGACACCGGCCCCUUCUGCACGCUCUAGAGCCCGCUGGGCAAAGCCAGCUUGGCCCGGCCAACGAGUGGAACCCAGGCCUCCCUGGGGACUUGGUGCCCCAGCCUGGCCUCUGACCCUCUGGGCAUCCCUGGUGCACCCUCCUGGAUGGCCCACCCUUUUAUGGACUGUGGACAAGGCCAGCCCAGCCUGGAGUCCCCAUCUGCCCAUGCCCAGCUAUAAAGAUGCUGUGGGCUCUCCC